AUGGGACAAACAGUGAAUGAAGAUUAUUUUGACUGGGACAAGUAUUUGAAAGAAACUGGUUCUAUAAGUGCUCCUUCAGAGUACUUCAGACAGUCUAAGAUUCCACCAACUAAUGAAUUCCAAGUUGGUAUGAAAUUGGAAGCCCGUGACCCUCGCAAUAUUGCUUCAGUGUGCGUUGCUUCUGUUAUUGCAACUACUGGUGCCAGAUUGCGUUUACGACUGGAUGGUACUGACAAUAAGAAUGAUUUUUGGAGACUUGUUGAUUCAUCAGACAUACAGCCUGUUGGGACCUGUGAACAGGAAGGAGAUUUACUUCAACCCCCACUGGGGUACAGAAUGAAUGUUUCAUCAUGGCCCAUGUUCUUACUACGAACACUAACUGGAUCUGAACUGGCACCUGCAGGGUUCUUUAAGAAAGAACCACCACCACCACCCCUAAAUAAUUUUAAAGUUGGGAUGAAGAUUGAAGCUGUCGAUAGAAAAAAUCCAUUUUUGAUCUGUCCUGCCACAAUUGGAGCUGUCAGAGGAGAUCAAAUUCAUAUUACUUUUGAUGGAUGGAGUGGGACAUUUGAUUAUUGGUGCAAAUAUGACUCUCGGGACAUCUUCCCAGUUGGAUGGUGCUGCCUCACAGGAGAUGUAUUGCAGCCACCAGGAAACAUUGCUAAGAAAAAGCCCAGGGGCAAGACAGUCACCAAACCACGGAAAGACCAAACCGAACUUUUUGAGUAUGAAGAAGCAGCCCCAGCCAAGAAAAAACCCAAGGCCAAGACAGUAACCAAACCAUGGAAAGACCAAGCUGGACAUUUUGAGUAUGAAGAACCAGCAGCCCCAGCUACGAAAAAACGCAAGGGCAAAAAAGUCACCAAAACAUGGACAGACCAAGCUGGACUUUUUGAAUAUGAAGAAGCAGGUCCAGCUGAGAAAAAACGCAAGGGCAAAAAAGUCACCAAACCAUGGAAAGACCAAACUGGACUUUUUGAAAAUGAAGAAGCAGGUCCAGCUGAGAAAAAACGCAAGGGCAGGCCAGUCACCAAACCUCGGAAAGAUGAAGCAAGUCAUUUUGAAAAUGAAGAAGCAGCCCGAGCUCUCUUCUCAGCUCUUUCAGUGAAGAGUGCAGAGAACACACCACCUUCCUCCUAUGAACAAACAAAAACCCCUACCUCUGAGAAAAAAAAGUCUUCCACCUCCAAAGGGGCUCAAUCUCCAAAAAUGAAGUCUCCACAGAAAACAACUCUUGUACUACCAGUACCAAAGACCAGCAAGAAAUCAGGAAAAACUAAACCAACUGGAGAUACUUCAGCUACAACGAAGGGUACUUGUAAAACUGUCUUACCAAAGGAAAAAGGUAGAAAGUCAUGGGUAAAGGAAAAAUGUAUUCCAGUUAUUUCUUCUACAUCUACAGCAUCUCUCAGUUCACUAAUAAGAAGAUCUUCAUCUAAUAAGUCUCCUGUGGGGCCAUCUAAAAUAGUGAUGUCUACAGUCUGUGUCUAUAUAAAUAAACAUGGAGAUUGUGGCCCCUACCUGAAUCCACAGAAAGUUCAGCAGCUGCCUGACCAUUUUGGUCCAGGUCCUGUGAAUGUGAUUCUCCGGCGGAUUGUGCAGGCCUGUGUGGAUUGUGCCAUUGAUUCCAAGACUGUGUUUUUAUUUAUUAAGCCAGAUAAUCGAGGAGGAGAAGUAAUAACUGCCUUCUUUGAUGAGAAAGUUCAUAGUGUUCAGCUCCCUCCAGUGAAUAGUGCAUCAUUUGCGCUUCGCUUUCUUGAAAAUUUCUGCCGCAGCAUGCAGUGCGAUAAGUUUUUGAGUAGCCAGCCUUUUAAACCUAAGGCUCAUAUUCCUACCACUACUACAGACCUUGAUCAAAACAAACCAGCAUUAAAUGAGGAACUAAAGGAAAGUAGAAGACUCAAACGAUGUUCUCAGCGACCUCUAACUUUUGCUCCAGUCUCAUCAAAGGUUCCCAGAAAGAGUGGGCGAGCCUCUAAAGCUUCAAGUUAUAUAGCUGUACCUGACCCCAGUGUCCUGAAACAAGGCUUCUGUAAGGACCCUUCAACCUGGUCUGUGGAUGAAGUGAUACAGUUUAUGAAACAUACAGAUCCUCACAUAGCAGGCCCCCUCGCCGACCUCUUCAGGCAACAUGUAACGUAUCUUUUGAUCCGGUUUUCCUGCUGCCCUUAUGCCUUUGAAUGA